AUGCAGUCCAUCUGUUUGAUGAUAUUGCUAAUUGUUAAAUUGGUAGUAGGGACGACAGAAUUGGAUUCACUUUUGGAGGUGAAAAGGGGUAUCCAGGAAGAUUCUUCUGGGAAAGUUUUGGGUUCAUGGGAUCCCAAGUCCUUGGCAUCAAAUGGCUGCCCCCUUGAUUGGUAUGGCAUUACUUGUAGCAGUGGUCAUGUGACAUCUUUAAUGCUUAAUGGUUUAGGUCUAGUUGGAAACUUUACCUUUUCUUCGAUUACAGGCCUUAAAAUGCUACGUAAUUUAUCCAUAUCUACCAACCGUUUCGAAGGGACCAUUUCAAAUGUGGUUGGUUCCCUUUCUUCGUUGGAAUAUUUGGAUAUCUCUUCGAAUUUGUUUCAUGGGCCAUUGCCUUCUGAAAUUACAAAUAUAAGAAGGCUGGUGCACUUGAAUCUUUCUUUGAACAAUCUUGAAGGCACUGUUCCGUCAACUUUUGGGAAUCUCAAACAGCUGAAGCAUCUGGAUUUGCAUUCUAAUAACUUUUCUGGGAAGAUUAUGAGCUUCUUGUCACAGUUAGGUAGUGUGGCUUACUUUGAUCUUAGCAGCAAUGGUUUCACUGGAACUCUGGACUUGGGACUAGGAUCGGACGAAUUUGUUUCUGCGAUUGAGUACUUAAAUGUAAGCCACAACAACCUUGGUGGAUAUCUCUUCUCCCAUGAUGGAAUGCCUUAUUUUGAUAAUUUGGAAGUGUUUGAUGCAAGUAAUAAUCAGUUUGUGGGUACUGUUCCUUCUUUUAAUUUUAUGGUGUCUUUGAGGAUUCUAAGGCUCGGUAGCAACAAGUUAUCAGGGUCCUUACCAGAAGCUCUUUUGCAAGAGAGCUCGAUGAGCUUGUCAGAACUGGAUCUCAGCCUUAACGAGCUUAAAGGUCCAGUGGACAGUAUCUCCUCUACAACUCUGAGGAAUCUUAACUUGUCAUUCAACAAGCUUACAGGCAUCUUGCCUCUUAACAUUGGUCACUGUGCCAUCAUAGAUUUAAGUAGCAAUUUGCUCUCUGGGAACUUGUCCAGAAUUCAAGGUUGGGGAAACUAUGUUGAGGAGAUUAAUCUCAGUUCAAAUUUGUUAACAGGAACUUUUCCAAUCCAAACUUCUCAGUUCUUGAGGCUUACUUCGUUCAAAAUCUCCAACAACUCAAUUGGCGGUGUUCUUGCUCCGGUUUUAGCUACCUACCCAGAACUAAACACCAUUGAUUUUAGCUGCAAUCAGUUCAGUGGUACACUCCUGCCUAGUCUUUUUAACUCAACGAGAUUGAUUUAUCUAAACAUGUCUUUCAACAAUUUGAGUGGGACCAUACCCAUCCAAAAAAAUAGCUCUUUACUCGAAUCUUCUAAAAUUUUGAGCCUUGAGUUUCUGGAUUUAUCAUAUAAUUCUCUAUCUGAUCAUCUUCCUAGAGAAAUUGGAAAUUAUCAUGAUUUGGCAUUUCUCGACCUAUCUAACAAUCAUUUCGAAGGUGGCAUCCCUGAUACUCUUCCUGGUGCACUUAAGGUAUUCAAUGUGUCCUAUAACAAUCUCUCUGGACUUGUACCUGAAAACUUGAGGAAUUUCCCUGAUUCAGCUUUCCAUCCAGGAAAUGACUUGCUGAGUUUCCCAUAUUCAGCAUCUUCACCACAAGGUCUUCCGAACCUGAUGGGUCAUAAUUCUCCGAAAAGAUCGUAUAUUAAGCCUGUCCUUAUUGCUGCGCUGAUUGGUGGUGUUUCUAGUUUAGGUUUAUUGACAUUCAUUGUAUGCUACAGAACCCACCGCCAGUAUGAGAGGAACCACACUAAGAAACAUAGUGAAAAACUAGGGAAUCAACGAGAAGCCUCUUCGGUUCUUGCCACAUCAGCACCUAACAAAGAUGUUACAAAGAGAAAAGCUGAAGAAGCAUUUCCUCCUGUUCCUCUUAUGUCACCUGGAAAUCCUUCGUCCUCAAAUACCCCCCACAGAGAGAUGCCACCUGGACCCAUUGAGGUUUGUUCUCCAGACAAACUAGUUGGGGAACUUCAUCUUUUUCAUAGCUCAUUGGUGUUCAGUGCAGAAGAACUUUCACUGGCCCCUGCAGAAAUGAUUGGCCGCAGUUGUCAUGGAACACUAUAUAAAGCUGUACUUCAAUCCGGUGAGGUUUUGGCAGUGAAAUGGUUGAAGGAAGGGAUUGCAAAAGGGAGGAAAGAAUUUGCAAGAGAAGUGAUGAAGCUUGGUAGCAUCAGACACCCAAAUCUGGUAUCCCUGCAGGGUUACUACUGGGGCGCAAAGGAGUAUGAGAGGAUGCUUAUAUCAAAUUAUAUCGAUUCACCUUGUUUAUCUCUCUAUCUUAAUGAAUCUGAUGCCAGAAAUCUUCCGGCUUUGAAUCUUGACGAUAGAUACAGAAUCGCUGUAGAUAUAGCCCGUUGCCUAACCUACCUGCACAACGAGCGAGCUAUACCUCAUGGAAACCUGAAAUCCACCAACAUCUUGUUGGAACCACCCAACAUGAAACAUCCCCUUUUAACCGAUUACAGCCUCCAUCGUUUAAUGACAUCAUCUGGGACAGCUGAGCAGGUUCUCACGGCGGGUGCCCUCGGAUACCGCCCGCCCGAGUUUUGCAGCACAAGCAAACCAUGCCCAUCCCUCAAAAGUGACGUUUAUGCAUUUGGAGUCAUAUUAUUAGAGCUACUGACCGGAAAAUGUUCUGCAGAGAUGAUUCUGGGCAGCAGUGGGGAGGUGGUGGAUCUGACCGAAUGGGUAAGAUUGCUGUGUGUCGAAAACCGUUUGAAUGAGUGUGUUAGCAGCCAGAUUGUGAACAGUAACGACCAUUCGGUUAAAGUGGCCGAAGCUCUGCUUGAGGUGGCACUUAGAUGCAUACUUCCAGCUGAUGAAAGACCUGAUAUGAAAUCUGUUCUUGAUGAUCUUACACCGAUAGCGGCUGCAGUCUAACGACGAGUUUUUGAUUGCCUUUUCUGUGAUUGAAUAUUCUUGUAAGUUAUGUUUGUAAUUUUUACGCUAAAUAUAACAUGUACUUAUGAUAUGUGUUUGAAAAAUGUAUAUUUCAAUAUUAAAU